AUGGUCGAUUACAUCCCUCCUCUUGAGCCGAGACAGCUUUUGGCGCCGCUGCUUGCUUGUCUUCCCCUCGGCUUUGCGGCUUCGAGGCCGCCGCCAGUGUUGCUCCCUCUGCUCUCUCCGGUCCUUCGACAGCGAGUACAGCUGCUGGUUGCGGGUUCGGGCGCUGGUUCUACUUCGUCGGCGGAGUCGUGGCUCCGACUGCUGUGCUGGGGCCCGGCCAAUGCUGCGGAAGUGGAGAGGAUUGUGGGCGAGGCAGAGAGCUCGUUUGAACCACACCCUGUGUCGGGAGAGAUAGAGAUCCCUGACGAUAUCAUAAUAGCGUAUAGAUGGUUUGACGCCGAGACCCUACGCUGUCAGCUCCCGCUGGACGAGUUUGGGCUGACGGUAGUGUACGAGUGGUGCCCCCUGGACCAGGAGGGCGGUGGUGCUGGAUGGAGAGUCGCUGAAGUCCUCCCUCUUGACGCUCUGCGAGACGAAGAGGGUGCCUGGUUCCGCUCCAUUGAGGAGGCCAACGAGGCCCUACGAGAGUCGACGGCCAAGGAACCUGUGAAAGAGGCAAAGGCCAAUGUCCCUGUCAUUGUGCACGAGGAUGACAAUCGAGACGGAGAGGACGAGGACGACUACUGGGCCCAGUAUGACAAUGUACAGUCUCGUACGCCGGCGAACGGUGCAGCCAGCUUGGUUCCAGAACAGCACGACCGCCACGGCGGGGAGAAGAUGUCUGAUGCCGCAUACUACAACCAGUACUCCAAUGUCCAGCCUGCCCUGGACAGCGACGACCCUACCAUGGACAAGGCCGGAGUAGGAGACUCUUCUCUCAACGGCAAUACCCUGGAAGACAUCUUCAAACGGCAGAUGAGCAACAUCAUUCAGCAACAGCAGCUACAGUCUCAGUCUGCCGCCGCACCUGAACGCGGAAGACAGCCAGCCGAAGAGUCAGAACUACCACUCAGCCACCCAAGACCUGCCUCCGCCUCGUCCUCGAACCGGUCUGACGCUAUCUCCAAGCUCGAGUACUCAGCGGAGUGCCAGUCGGCCUCUGAGAUGGCCAUCCGCCAGCACGUCUCGACCAACGUCAAAAGCAUGUUCCGCCUUGCCAGGGCGGCUGGUAUGUCGCGAGCAGAGUACCAGGCCAUGAUAACGAGGGAGCUCGAAAUGCUUGAAAUGAUGGAAAAUGACGAUUAA